GCAAGAACCCCAUUAUCCGAAAGCUCCUUCCAAGCUGCAAUCUUCAGUCUCAUAAUCUCGUAAUACAUCAUCACUUUACACUUUACAUUCUACAACAUACAACAACCGAUUGCCAUUGAACCCGUCAACAUCACUCUCCACUCAAACAAAACAUACAAAUCGCCAAAAUGUCCGACGACGAGCGUGUAACAAAACCCUUCAAGUUCGUCACUGCUGGUGUCGACGCUCGAUUCCCCAACAUGAACCAGACCAAGCACUGCUGGCAGAACUACGUUGAUUACCACAAGUGCAUCAAUGCCAAGGGCGAGGAUUUCGCCCCAUGCCGCCAGUUCUUCCUUGCCUACAGAUCUCUAUGCCCGAGUGGAUGGUAUCAACGAUGGGAUGAUCAACGAGAGGCCGGAAACUUCCCCGUCAAGUUAGAUGCUUAAGUGUAUCUCAUGACUUGCAUACGAUCUUCACAUGCAUCAGUCGAAUCGGCAGAGUUGGACUAUCACGAUGUAGUACAUAUCCUAAAUUUCCUCAGCCAGCCAACUAGAGCUUUGUUACAAGGCUACUUACAUUUGUCAUUUAUAUUUUCCAUGUGACUAGUCGAUAUUCCCGCUGCUUUUAGUCGGGAUACCUAGUGAAUAACUUCUCAACUGAGAGUCAGAUAUAAGGCGCGAAGUCUUCAUUGCCCUUUUCCUUGGGAUGAUGCCUUCAUGAUAACUAUUAUGAGAUAGAAUAUCUACCAAAGGCCCGGUUUCACCUGUCUUAUUUAUCCCACAUCAUUAACCAUCUCGGAUACAGCUUUAGAUGCGGCUCUCUCCUCGUGAACUCAGGAGCCAUCAUAGUUAUAGCAUGAUAGCAGAGCCAGCAAG